UACGAAAUAUAAGUAAAAUUUUGAUUAAAAUUAUUAACUCACAUAGAAAUCCAAAUAAAACACAAACUUUUUAUGUUAGACCCUUCAAACAUCAUCGAAAUGCGGCUACGACGAAAAUUUUUACCUCGAUCCCUGCGAGACAUCGGCUGCUUUUUGAUUAUGUUUACUUUUAUACCAAUUACUUUCGUAUUUGAAGUAGCAGUUGUACUACCAGAUUUCCAUGAGAAAAAUGGAAUUAUAUAUAUAUUUACAUGUUUACUAGGGCUGUUCCUGGUAUUUAACUUGAAAGCGAAUAUGCUUGCUUGUAUGUUGAUAGACACAAGUGCUCGGACUGUUGUUUUUACACCACCGAUAAAUGACCAUCAACGAAAGUACUGGCGGUAUUGCUCGGUUUGUGAAAUGUUGGCACCGCCCCGUUCUUGGCAUUGUAAUACUUGUGAUACUUGCAUUCUGAAACGUGAUCACCACUGUAGUUUUACUGGAUCUUGUAUUGGACAUCAAAACCAUCGUUAUUUUGUUUUCUUUCUACUAUACUUGGCUAUAGGUGCAACAUAUGCAACCGUUUACAAUAGCAUAUACUUUUGGUGGUUGCAUGCAGAGACUUAUGUUAACUGGUUUACUCUCAUUAAAAUCGUAUUUCCCAUGUUCAUGCUCUGCUUCGACAUGUCAUGGCAAAACUUCUACUUGCUCAUUUACAUGCUAAAUAUAAUAGCAAGUGCUUACUCCAUGGUGCUAAUUGCCUAUCAUGCGCCAUAUAUUUUGCGUGGAGCUAAAGAUUGCGAGAGGCAUGCGUCGCUAUAUGAUUUGGGUAUACGGCGUAAUUUGGAAAUGGUUUUGGGCAAACGUAUGAGGGUGGCAUGGUUAACCCCGUUCGUACGAAGCGAUUUACCUCACGAUGGUAUACAUUGGGAGAAUGUGAUAGACGACACUGAAAAACGUCGAUAGUGUUAUAGUGGAUCAGUAUUCAAUGAUAGUUUUUACUCUAGUCUAUUUGAAAGCAUUUGCGUUCAUUGUUUUUAUAUAUUUUAGGAACUCUGACAUGAUAUGUAUAAUUAUUUUAUAAAUUUUGUCGCGAUUAUUAUCAUAACAAAAAAAAUAAAUAAAUAAUUAAUAGUGAUAAGAUUUGAAUAAGAAAUUUCUAUACGUAUGCAUUUUUUUUAUCUUUUGUUGAAGCCUACUACAUCGGAACUACAUUGGCGAAUCAAUACCGCUAAAGAAAGGUAUAAAAAUUUCGAAAGUUCUGAUAAGGCAUAUUUUUGGAUUUUGAGAUUAUUAUGUAUUACAUUUAUGAAAUCAGUAGUAAAUUUUUUAAACAGCAAUGUUCAAAACAUUGAAAAAUGCC